AUGCCUACGGAUCAUACCACGUUGAGCUUCACAGAUGUAUUCUUGCCGGACUCAGCCAUCCUCGGAAAAGAGGGCUACGGACUCGCUUUAGGCCACACCUUCGUGCGCGAGAAUCGUCUUCGUCAAGCAGCCAGCUCUCUCGGCGCAGCUGCAUCGAUUAGAGCAUCAAAACUCUCUACUCAGGUCGAAUUGCUCAGACUACUCAUCCUGUAG